ACUUCUCACAGAUGUCGCGACGUUUUAUACGCAGUUCCUUAAAUUAACGUUAGAUAUCAAAACAGUACAACAAAAAUGGCAACAUUGUAAUUUAUUUUGUUCGGUUAUGUUUAUAUAAACAAUUUGUCUUUGUCCCAAAAAAUGAGCGACGACAUAAGAGACACGGUCCUGCAAUGCCCCUUUAACCCGUCCCACGUGAUCUGGAAGAGUCGCCUUCAACGACACAUAAUCAAGUGCAGCCAGAACUACCCGAACCACUUUGUCUGCCACUUCAACGCCUUACAUCGGUUUCUCACACGCGAAGAGCAGGUCACCCACACCUUCAUUUGUCCGGACAUGAAGUUCACACAACCGUGGCGGUACGGUUCGCCCGACGAGGGCCGGAGUGUAAUCAGCACGCCGAUAUUUACCCCGAACGCCAAGGCGUUUAACAUGGAAAUUGAGAACUGGAGCGCCGAGUACGAGUAGAGUUUAUUGGUUAUGCUUGUUCGCAAUGUGACGAUCUAAAUGUGAUUUGGUAAAUAAAUGUAAGUUACAGAUAU